AUGCAUUUAUUUCUUGUUUGGCGUGAAAUGGAAGAUCAGCUUAGUUCCAUAGGACAUUCAAUUGAAACUUUUCUAUGGGGAGAUAGUCGUGCUCGACAUACAUUUUUAAUAGCAUGUACUGAUGAACAUCCUUUAUUAUUAAUGGAAAUUGAUCUUGGUGAUCAUGCGAAAGGAGUCCGUAAAAGUAUGAAAUUAAAUAUUGUUGAUUUGGAGGAAGUACCUGAAUCAAUAUCUAAAAUUGAAUUGAUUGGUGAAAUUAAAUCACCAACAGCAUUAGAUCAUCUAAUUCGAACAGCAGAAACCUAUAUAAAAGAGCAUCCAAAUUAUCAUGUAGUUUUAAAUAAUUGUCGAACAUUCGUUGAAUAUCUUAUUGAUCAAAUACCUGAACUUCGCGAUUCUGUACCACGUAAAAAUGGAUCUGUACUUGAAUAUUAUCAUUCACGAGCGAAACAUGAAAAUCCCGGUGCGAUAGUCAAAAGUAAAAAAAUGAUAAGAGACAUACGCGAUUUACAUCGACAUAACAAACAAUAUAAAUAUGCCAGUCAAUUAGUACUACAAGUAGAAUUACCUAAACUGGAUGAUAAUCAUAAUAAUGAAGCACGAUUUUAA